AUGCCGUUCCAUCCCGUGCCCGGGGAGCGACCCGUCAUGUUCAACGCGGUCCGCAGGCACCCACUCGGUCGUUCUUCCAACCAAUCGACUGCUGCCUCACGGCUCGAGGUCAUUGAGAAGCUACUGGAGCCCCAUGCCGCCAGCUUGAUUGAUGUCUACUUCGACAAGGUCCACAAAUGCUACCCUUUGCUCGACGAGGCUGCCUUUCGGAGACAAUACAGAACCGCCAAGACGAGACUGUCUCCUGCCUUGCUGGCCAGCUUGUACGCGCAGAGUCUCGUCUACUGGCGCCAGACGCUACCGGCUGGUCAUCACUGCCCUGACGUGCGGUACAUAUGGAACCAGGCGUGCGAGGCGCUGUAUUUUGAGCUCUACCAAUCUCCGGGCCUGUCGACUAUCGUGGCCAUCCUGCUCAACAUCUCCGGGCGGCCUCUCUCAAGCAUGAUUGGCAAUGCCACGCUCCUAGGGGCUGCCAUCUCCCUGGCGCACUGUCUUGGUCUGAACCGUAACUGCCUAAGCUGGGCAUUAUCUGAUGCGGAAAAGGGGCACAGAAUCAGGCUCUGGUGGGCUAUAACCAUUUACGACAAGUGGUCAAGUGUUGCAUAUGGCACGCCGCCUCAGAUUCAAAGCAGCCAGCAUGACGUUCCCUACCCCAGUCAGGCAAUGUUCAUCUCCAAGAACACUGGUCCGGGCCAUGAUAACGGGGCCGGUGAUGAUGACGACGACGACGACGAGACAAUACCGCAAAGCCUGAUGGACGAUUCAAGCAUAUUCAUUGCCUUUGUCACAUUAACUGACGUAGUGGAUGUUUACCUACGUCAUGUCUUUGAUCUCACGACCGAUCUCCAGCAACCAGGUGUCCGUGGCCAAGACGCCGGCACGUUCAGCACUGAACUUGAGAACAGGCUCGCACAGUGGGCAGACUCACUGCCACAUGACCUCCGCAGAACCAUCAUCCGCGGUACCACGGUCGACACUCCCGGCUCCGCGAACCUGCGGCUCUCGUAUCUGUACAUCCGGCUUCUCAGUCGGAAGCUGGGCCUGGACAGCGGGCGACAUCACCUACACCAGCACACCAGCCCGGCCGCACAGACCCAGCGCCAGCGCCAUGCUCGCGAGGCCGCCGAGGACAUUGUCAUGUUUGUACAGGAACUCAGCCGCGGCGCGCUGGCCGAUUUCUGGCAGUCCUUCAACGCGUUUGCACUGUCCAGCACGGCGGCCUUCUUGAUCCGGAGCGCCCUGCAGCAGGAAUCACAGCAGCAGCAGCAAAGACAGCAGCAGCCUGUGACGCCUAAAAGAAGCACAGCUGGCAGCAGUCGCGUCGCCACUGACUGGCACGCCGCGGGCAGUACGAGUGCCAUUGCCAGUGACGAAAUCUACAUCAAGCUCGCUGCUGACCUUAUCGCCGCACUGGACAGCUACCGCAGAGAGGCUGGGUGGGACCUGGCCAACAUCUGCAUCGCUCAGUAUGCCCCAGUGGUUGAGAAAAUCCAGGCAGGCCUCGCUUGUGCUUCCUCGGCGCCGCCGGGCUCAGCGGCAACUCCAGAGCCCACCAGAGAUCAUGGGAUGAAUAGCGGUGCAGGCGCUGUUGGGUCGGGAUCUGCGGGAACGCCUCUCCAAGACGCGCAGCAAUCUGCACAUGUCAUAUCUGGGCAAGGCCAGCGCGGGCAGCGAGAGCAGAUUGAUGCGCAGGAGCAAAGCUAUGUGCCGUUUGACAUGACUAACGAUCUCUUUGUCAACGAUUUGUUUCCGGAGUAUUGGGAUAAUAUGUUCAGCCCUCUAUGA